UCUCCAUCACCACUCCGCAUCGUUCUCGUCGCUCCUCUCUCCCUCGAUCUCGAUCUCGAUCUCGCCUCCCAUGGCCUCUACCAUCGGAUCGGCGAUCUCCUCCAUCUCCGCAACGCCGCGCCGUAGCAGCGUAGCGACGGCAGUCAAUGGGAUUUCGAGCCUGAAAUCAGUCUCUUUCUCCAGCCGGAGAAAGAGCCUUCCAUCUAUCCGUUUGCAGCCGGCUCCAUUACGAUUUCGAAUUUCGUGUGCUGCCAAGCAAGAGACAGUGGACAAGGUGUGCGAGAUAGUGAAGAAUCAGUUAGCACUUGCUGACAAUAUCAUAGUCGCUGGGAGCUCAAAAUUUUCGGAACUCGGAGCUGAUUCACUAGACACGGUUGAGAUUGUGAUGCGGCUCGAGGAGACAUUCGAGAUUAACGUGGACGAAGCAAGUGCCCAGAACAUUGCUACCGUGCAGGAUGUUGCCGAUCUCAUCGAAAAGCUUGCUGCGGAGAAGUCAGCUUAGGUCCAUAGAAGUGGCAUUUCAAACUGAGUUUUCAAGCCAAAUCCUAUUUCUGCAAUCUUAGUACAAUGUAGUGCUCCUGCGAUCUUGUUAUUUGUGAUAGAACUUGCUGUUUUCUAGUUGCAGAUCCUGAAAUGCCCGAGAUGACUCUGUGUUGUAUUUGUGUGUGUGUGUUCUUCUUUCUUAUUUUGGGGAUUAAUUUUGCGAAUUCGAUGUUGUUUCGCACUGCAGAAUCCGCAUUGAGAUGCAGUUACAUGAACUUGCAAUUUCUUUUCAUA